GACGUACAUGUAGAUGGGGUGAUCCUUACAAAGGCUACUUUCGUUUUCAAAUUUAGCCUUCGUUACUUCCUGGAAUACGGAAUGUCAGCGACCUCCGCUACUUGAAUCACAUCCGUUCAUUCGAUAGUGCUCAGUGCAUGAUCUAAUCGGGUUGUCACAUUUUUCUAGCUAGAACAAAAUAUAUUGACAUAAUAAUUUGUGUUUAAUAUCUUAAAGGAUUUUUAGCUUUACCUGUCAGGAUUAGUGUGCAUGCAUACAAAAUACACGUUUACAAGUAAGUCCCGAUGUCAUAAUGGCACUGCCUUUUGACCUACUGGCUUCCAAACAAUAGGAGAAUCUACUGAUAACAGGCUGGAUAUUCAAAGAACUAGACAACAGCUGAAGUGCUUAAUAAACGAAAAACAAAACGUCCAUCAAACUGUGCUGCAAAUUAAUAAACUGAACUAAAAUAUGGCAGAAGCACCUCGCCCUGAAAGGCAGAGACCGGUACCAUCUGGUGAUAGUGCUGCUACUGACAACCAUGCCCAACAAGAACAAGCAGGACGAGGUGGUGGGAUGUCGAUUGAAGAGCUGGGAAACAUUUUACAGAGUGUUAUGCCACAGAGGGACCAGGAUAUGAGAAAUCUUACAGACAACCUCAUUAGGAUGAAGGACCAAGAGAUAGCACGGCUUACAACACAGAUACAGGAACAUACUAGCACCAUUAGCCGCCUUAAUGGUGAACUCAGGGUUGUACAAGAUCAGCUUGGUGAUGAAUUGCCCAUACUGACGGAAAGAUCCGCUCAACUACAGCUCACAUUAGACAGGCAAAGAGAGCAGAACCAGCAGCUACAAGACAAGAUCCAGAGUCUUGAAAAUAGUGUGACGGCAUACAAGGUCGCAGUGAAGCAAACGACGGAACAGAAGAAAUUUCUGGAAGAUCAGCACUUGCAAAAGACUCGAGAAUUACAAACAACUAAGACGCAGCUAGAUGUGAGUAAGAAAGAAAAUGCACAGCUGAAGUUGCAACUGCAGAGUACUAAAGUUGCUUUGAAAGCUAAAAAAGAACAGCUAGAAAAAAGCGAAUCGACUGCAGAACAAAUGAGAGAGAUGGUAAACACUAUAUUUCAACAAAAGCAAAUGUUGGAUGCGGAUCUUGACACAACACGUAAGGAAUGUGUGCAACUUGGCCAGCAGGUCAAGCAACUACAGAUGUUUGAGAGUAUGUACCAAGAUACUGCUCAACAAUUAGAGCAUCUCAAUGAAACAGUAUUGCCAAAAAAGGAUUCAACCAUUAUUCAACUGCAAGAAAGGACAAAGGAUCUUAUUGAUGAUGUAGCCAUUUUACGUCAAAACAAUAUUCCACUGGAUCAACAUGUCCAGAUUCUACAGAUCAAGUUACAACAAGCAAUUCAGCAACUUCACUGCUACUAUGAACAAGAAUAUGGGAGCAAGAUUAUAAGGAUAGAAAAAAUGAAUGAAGUUCUAAAGAAACAGCUGAACGAAAAGGAAACUGAACUACAGCAUCGAGAGGAUGUAGGGGAUGAACUUAAAUCAGCAACGAGGACCUACAAGAACCUCAUAAGUGAGAACUGUGAUCUCAAAGACAAAGUGAAGGAACAGGACAACCAGAUAAGGCGAUUAAGACAGGACGUUGCUCAUUCAAAACAGAGAACAAACGAACUUGAACGCAAGAUAAACUUUCAUAUGAAUGUGUGUGAGGAGUAAAACGGCUGCAUCACCUUAAACCUUAUAUUGAGAAUUUAAAUAUAAAGAGCCAAGAGCAAGUUCAUCACAUACAUGUACAGCACAAAACACUUUGCUCCUCUGCAAAAAUUUUAAAGAUAUAGAUAUGCAUAGACAUGGCGUGCACAGUGAUCCCGUGGUAUAACAUCGGACUGUGCAACCGGGUAUUGCCAGUCCUAUAUCCCGCACUUAAUAUUACUAACAGCCAUCCGGAUAAGAGUCUUGUGUGGGGAUGCUCACACUUUGCAAGCUAAACAAAACAGGAAAUCUUGCCAAACUGGGCCGUCUUCUGUUUCUAGCACUAUCGGGUUAAAAAAGAAAUCAUCCGUAUUGGUAAACGGCGGCGGCUACAGAUCAUGUACAUAAAUAUAAAAAUGUGUAAGAAUUAGCUGUUGUGUUUUAAGUUGAAUUCUUAAGUGACUGAUAUAAUUCUUUGUUGAUAAGUGUACUGUACAAUGCCUAGAUAUUGCAUGUACAGUUAUUCAUACAAGUUACUGUUGAAUUUGUGUCAAUACAGAACUUUUAUAUUCAUUUGUGCAUCUAAAAGUGUUUAGGCUCAAAUGGAAUACAUGGCAGCGUUAAUGAAAGCAUUUCAAAUGUUUAGUUUCAGUACUGAAAUCAUAUUAACUUCACAUUGACUACAUUGCUUCUAUAACUGUUCAGUUAUUAGUUUGUUGGGUUUAACGUCGCACCGACACAAUUUUAGGUCAUGUGCCGACUUUCCAGCUUUGACGGUGGAGGAAGACCCCAGGUGCCCCUCCGUGCAUUAUUUCAUCACGAGCGGGCAAGUUAUUAGUUUGUACAGUAUUUGUAAUGGGAAUUACAUGUGGUAAUAUGUAAAAGUUGCAACUGUUAUAUAUGUGAAAAUAAUUUGUGUAAAAAUCAACUGUAAAAUGUGAAAAAUGAAACUGUAUAUACAUAUCUCUUAAACUUCAGGCGCGAAUAAUCAAGCAUAAACAAUAUUUUUUAUAUCUUUAAUGUCUUCUUAUGAUGUAUUUUAUGUUGCACAGUGAUAAGACACUGAUAAAGAGAUAUAUAAAAUAUAUAAUAUAUUCAAAAUAUUCAUUAUUCAUAUGCAAUGUUAUUUAAGUUACGUUGCGGCGUUUCGUCUGAAGGCCAUUUUUUCUUAAUAUCGAAAGCUAAGGCACCAUCUUGAUAAUGGAAACACAAUUAUAAGAUGCUCGCUGAAAAAAAAAAAAUUGAGAAAGAAGUGUGAUGCAAAAAAUGGACAAUGAGCAGUCAGUGAUAUAGUAUGCUUUAAACAUUACCCUGCUAAAUAUCUAUAAUGAACUUAGCCAUCUUUCAAUUUGGACAGUACCAUUUACUGUUAAAAGGGGUGCUUACCAAAAAGAUACUGACUGAAUAGGGAACAGUGCAGAUCAUGAUCAGACUGCACGGAUGUGCAGACUGAUCAUGAUCAACACUGGUCGCAAAGGCAGAAUCAAUCGUGUCCAGCAUUCUAAGGGUUAAAAAGCAAAAUGUAUAUUUUCAGUAGAGCACCAUCUCUAUAUACCCUCCUUUGGUAUGUACAGUGGUCUAUGAGGAGUUAACAGCAAAAUUAAAAAUUGACUGUUGGAAAAGAUCUAUUAUAUUCUAGAUCUAUUUGUUGUAUGGAAGGAAGUCCCACAGUACCUAAGUAUGUGCGCAUCUGGCCAGAAACUUCCCACGCAGGACAAAAAGGUACUACACAACACCAUAAUUGAUCCUAAAUCGUAUUAUACUGUACCGAUACUUAAAUACAGCGAUACCUUCAUUAUUUACUUUCGACUUAACUAUGUAAUCGGUUUCGACCACUUUUGUAGAGACCAAUACAUGUACAGAAAAUUUGUUAUCUCUCAUCCAAAUAUAAAGUCAGUGCUUUACAGUUGUGUGAUUGUUGAUUGUUGUGGAUUUUACAGGUAUUGAUUUUAUUUAAUCCUUUUAGGUAAGCCGCUUUUUGUUUACUUGUAUUUCAAAUGUUUGCAAUGUGCAGGAAUACAUCCCAUCAUCGUACCACCUAUUGGACUAAAAAGUGUUUCAGCCAAUUAAUUUGUGCUUUCGUGUGUAAUUCGAUUUCCAGAUUUGCAGUUUUGUUGUCAAUGGAAUUAUUCAAUUAACAAGUGUAAUUUUCAAUUGAACCCCUCACUUUUCCAAGCCCUAUGUAUGGAUUAAUUAGUUAGUUGUAAGACUUUCUGCUGGCACCAGUACGAUUCCAUCAAAUGGCAUCGAUAUAUCUGAAAAACAACUACUUUUUUUUUAAGAAAUGAUAAAAGUUUGGAAUAAGAUAAAUAUAGCAUACGUUUGACCAUCUGUUUGAUAUAUAAGAUAAAUGCUGUGCCAGUUCGAGUCUUUCUGGAAUAAAUGCAGAAUAAAG